GGAACAGAAUUCACCAGCUUGCUGGUCAUUAUAUCGAACGUCGUACGUCAAAAAUGAGGGAUCUCAAUAGGUUGCACGUCCUCCUUUGCUAAGAUUAGCGUUUGGACAUUCAGAUCAAUGCUUUGCAACAGCUCUCGUAAGGGGCCGGUUUGAAAUCGUGGGCAAAAUGUCGAAUUGUGUGGCGUUUCAGACUCAGUUAGCCUCCAUAAUGGAGAUAUUGGUUCAAGCAGCCGUGGCAGAAAUGGGCAACCUUGUCGACGAGGACUCUGCUCUCGUGUUGCGUUUGGAACUGGCCGGAGAUCAGAAUGACAACGAAGUGUUGAAGAAGAAACUGCAGACUCAAAACGAACAAAUGACGACACGAUUCGCCUCCAUCAUGGGGGUGCUGAGUAAAGAGGCCGUGGACAGGAUUACCAAAUUGGUCGAUGACACCAAACCACAACUGAUGGAGUUUGAAAUGAGGAAUCUACAGGAGAGAGCGCAAGACCAUUCUUUGAACAUCCUUAUUGUAGAAGAAAGUGAAGAAGAGCGUUCGCCCUCUACUGGGGUGGAGGAUAAAGAAGAGCAUAUUAUAGUUGUGAAAGAAGAGAACAGUCCCAUGCCACCUGUUGCCCUGAAAGACAAGUCUGCAGACGCAGAGGAGGACGGGCCAGAAUCUCCUCUGAUCAGGGAGGUGACACUUGAAGAUGACUCUGCAAGCAGUGGCCCACAGGGAGGACCGAAGAUUAGUGGGAGCAGAGCUGUGAAGUCUGGCUCUGAUGCUGGAAUGAGAUUUCACUUUGAUCAUCAGUACUGUGAAGAUGCCGACGAGGACUAUGAUUCGCAGUCCACACUUGCGGAGUCAAACUCUGAUAUCAAAGACAAUGAUGGCUCUGAAGAGACUGGUAGGAGUUCCAGUGCAGCUGAGAAAGGAGAGAAACUGUUCAGUUGCCCACAGUGUGGGAAAAGUUUUUGUAAGUUGAGUCGUCUCAAUGCACAUCAACGAAUUCACACAGGAGAGAAACCGUUUAGCUGCAUGCAUUGCUCAAAGACUUUUACGCAGAAACACAGUCUCAAUGAACACCAGAGAAUUCAUACAGGAGAGAAACCCUACAGCUGUGAUGUAUGUGGGAAGUGUUUCAACAAGACUGCUCAUCUCAAAACACACCAGAGAAUUCACACAGGAGAGAAACCAUUUAGUUGUCUUGAAUGCGGGAAGAGUUUUAAUGUUGCGCAGAAUCUCAAAAGACACCAGCAAAUUCACACUGGAGAGAAAGCUUUUAGCUGUGUUACAUGUCAGAGGAGCUUUACUCGUGCUGUCACACUGAAAAUACACCAGUUAAUUCACACUGAGCAGAAACCGCUCAGCUGUGUCAUAUGUGGGAAGGGUUUCCGCCAAGCCGUUAAUCUUAAAACACAUGAGCGCAUUCACACGGGACAGAAACCUUUUACCUGUACUUUGUGUGGAAAGGCUUUCCGUCUGUCUGUUAAUCUUAAAAUACAUCAGCGCAUUCACACAGGAGAAAAACCAUACAGCUGCUUACUUUGUGGAAAGAAUUUCACGCAGAAAUGUGGUCUGAAAUUACACCAGCGCAUCCACACUGGCGAGAAACCAUACAGCUGUGAUGUAUGUGGAAAGAAGUUCAAUAAUUCUCAGAGUCUUAAGUUACAUCAGCGAAUCCAUACUGGGGAGAAGCCGUACAGUUGUGACAAGUGUGGCAAGACUUUCAGCCAAGGUAGUCAUCUUCGGACACACAAGCGAAUUCAUACAGGAGAGAAACUCUACAUGUGUGAUAAAUGUGGGAAGAAUUACUGUGAUCUGAGAAAUCUUAGGCUACACAAAUGUGUGUAUGGUUGAAUGAAACCAUUUUCUGAAUGCAGCAUACAUGGAAUUAAACAUCUCUGAUUACUACAAAUCUGCAUGUGCUUGAAUGGUGAAUGACUAUGCACUGCUUGUCACUUCUGCUAAACCGUUGUGUUUUUAAAUCUCA